ACGCUCUCUGUCUGGAUUUAAAGAUGGGCGGCACGUUGCUCUGUGUGCCGGGUGUAGUACUUCUCGGUGUACUCCUCUGCAUUGGAAACCCGACAGCCAAAUCAAGGCCUGUCCUGAUUGUGUCUCCGUCGUGGCUGAGUCCUGGAGCCUCAGUGACGCUGAACUGUGAGGUUAAACCUUCAUCAGAAGAAUGGAGGUUCUACUGGUAUCAAGCUGUUCCCGAAGUCUCCCAGAACAAAUACAAAUACGAGCCGGUGCCCGGCAGAGCCGACGGGACCGAAGAGGACUUCUGCAGAAUCAAAGGCCAGACGCACACAGCAGCGUACGUGUGCAGAGCCGGGCGAGGAAUCCCGGAGGUUUUCACUCCGUACAGUGAAAUGAAGUUUGUCUGCCCGAUGAAAGCAAAGCACUACACGGUCGACGAGAUCCAACUGACGUGUCGCGGCGCCUCUGCCGUCUGGAAAGUGAGGCGGUUCAGGCAGUACUACCCGUCCGACUUGUCGGACUGCUCCGUCUGGGGCAAAAUGGCGGGACCCACGUGCACCUUCAGCAGCCGCUGGUACCAGAAAGCGGUGUACUGGUGCGAGUCUGGUUCCGGAGAGUUCAGCAACGCAGUCAACAUCACCAUACACCCGCCCAGGGCGGUCCUGACUGUGUCCCCACCAUGGCUGAGUCCCAAAGCCUCAACAACUCUGAGCUGCCAGGUGGAGCCUCCGUCGCCGUUGUGGAGGUUCUACUGGUACAGAGCUGUUCCCGACCAGUCGAAGUACAGCUACCGAUACGACCCACUGCUCGGCACUCAGAAGGGCACCGCAAAGAACACGUACGUCACUCUGGGACAGAAGCACACGGCGGGAUACGCCUGCAGAGCCGGAAGAGGAAACCCGGAGAUCUUCACUGAUUACAGUAAAAUCACACUGAGCUGGUCCGGAGGGGAGAAACUGUUCACGGGCGACGAGAUCCAGCUGAAAUGUAGCGGGACCCCCGGCCUCUGGAGAGUGAGGCGGUUCAGACAGUCGUCCUACAACUCGGACGUUUCCGACUGCUUCAGCUGGGGGACAAUGUCCGGCUCCUCGUGCACCUUCCACAGUCGCUGGCAGCAAACCGCCGUGUACUGGUGCGAGUCUGGAUCGGGACAGCUGAGCAACGCCAUCAACAUCACCGUGCACGCCGCGCCGAAGGCCGUGCUGACUGCGUCCACACAGUGGGUGCGUCCAGGAGCCCCGGUCACUCUAAGGUGUGAGGUCAAGCCUUCGUCACCAGGAUGGACGUUCUACUGGUACAGAGCUGUUCCCGGACAGCCCGACACCUACAAAUAUCUGCCGCUGCCUGAGAGAACCCGUGAGACUCUGCGGUCCUCCUACGUCAUCCGUGAUCCGAAACACACGGCGGGAUACGCAUGCAGAGCCGCAUGGGGAGUCCCAGAGUAUUUAACCGAUUACAGCGAGCCAAAGAUGGUCUGGUCUGCAGAGACUUUUCCAGCAGUCGCUCUCACAGUGAGUCCUGCCAGAGACAACCUUUACACUGUCGAUGAAGUCCAGCUGACGUGCACAGGAAGCACUGGCGACUGGCGAGUGAGGCGGUUCAGACCGUACUACCAGUCGGACGUAACGGACUGCUCCAUCUGGGGGACCAUGACAGCGUCCUCGUGUACGUUCAGCAGUCCCCAGUACCACAGAGGAGUGUACUGGUGUGAGUCUGCAUCAGGAAAGUUCAGCAAUGCAGUCAACAUCACAAUACUCGCUACACCGAAGCCCGUCCUGACUGUGUCGACAUCGUGGCCGAGUCCUGGAGCCUCAGUAGUUCUGAGCUGCGAAGUCAAACCCGCAUCUGCAGAAUGGAGGUUCUACUGGAGCAAAGCCGUUCCCGACCUGCAGCAGAACAAUUACAGAUACCAGGUGCUGUCUGACGGCGUCAGCGGGACGCACGUCGUGCACGGAGAGACGCGCACGGCUGUGUACGCAUGCAGGGCUGGAAGAGAAAAAGGACAGUAUUUAACUGAAUACAGUGAACCAAAGUUUGUCUGGUCCGCAGAUCCUCACCCAGCAGCGUCUCUCAUAGUGAGUCCUGACAGAGACAAGCUUUACAUCGUUGACGACAUCAAGCUGGAAUGUACAGGAAGCUCUGCUAACUGGAGAGUGAGGCGGUUUAAACAAUCAUACUACAAGGCGGAUUUAUCGGACUGCUCCAGCUGGGGAACGAUGGCCGGACCCUCGUGCACCUUUACCAAUCCCCUGUACCCUAGAGCAGUGUACUGGUGUGAGUCCGGAUCAGGAGAGUUCAGCAAUGCGGUCAACAUCACUGUAGAACCUGCACCGAGGCCCCGGCUGACCGCGUCUCCAUCAUGGCUGAGUUCCGGAGGCCCGGUGUCUCUAAUCUGUGAGGUUAAACCUUCCUCUGCGGGAUGGAAGUACUACUGGUACAAAGCUGUUCCUCUUCUAUCAAAGAAGAGCUACAAAUAUGUUCCACUGCAUGACGUUACUGUAGGGACUGUAAAGAACGUCCACAUCGUCCAUGGACUGAUGCACACAGCAGGAUACGCAUGCAGAAGUGGAAAAGGAAAGCCAGAGCUUUUCACAGAGUACAGCGAACCAAAGAUUGUCUGGUCUGCAGCUUCCAACCCAGAAGCGUCUCUCACCGUGAGUCCCAAGAGAACGAAACUUUUCGCCAAUGAGAAAAUCCAGCUGAGCUGCACGGGAAGCUCGGCCGCCUGGAGAGUGAACAGGUUUAGACAGUCGGACUCGUCCAACUGCACCGUCUGGGGGAAGAUGACCGGAUCCUCGUGCACCUUCACAAAUCCUGAGAGCGACGAAGCAGUGUACUGGUGUGAGUCCGGAUCGGGAAAGUUCAGCAAUGCGGUCAACAUCACUUUGAAACCUGCACCAAGGCCCCUGCUGACCGUGUCUCCAUCUUGGCCGAGACAUGGCGCCUCAAUAGCUCUGAGCUGUAAGGUUGAAUCUUCAUCAGCAGGAUGGAGGUUCUACUGGUAUAAAGCUGUUCCAAAUCGAUCUAAAGGCUACACAUAUAAUCUGCUGCCCGGUAGCAAUAAGGGGACUGUGCAGGACUCCAUUGUCGUUCGUGGUCAGAAACACACAGCGGGAUACGCAUGCAGAGCUGGAAUCGGGAGCCCAGAGAUCUUCACCAAUUACAGUGAGCCGAAGAUGGUCUGGUUAGCAGAUUCUCACCCAGCAGCGUCUCUCACAGUGAGUCCCGCCAGAAAAAAACUAUACAUUGUUGACGACAUCAAGCUGGAAUGUAAAGGGCGCUCUGCUGACUGGAGAGUGAGGCGGUUUAGCUAUUUAUACGGCCAGUCAGACUCAUCCGACUGCUCCAGCUGGGGAGCAAUGACUGGAUCCUCCUGCACCUUCAGCAGUUCGAAGUACCAUGAAUCAGUGUACUGGUGUGAGUCUGGAUCAGGAAAGUUCAGCAAUGCAGUCAACAUCACUUUAAAUUAUUCGCCAACGCCCACACUGUCUGUGUCUCCAUGGUGGCUCAGUCCUGGAGCCUCUGUGACUCUAAAAUGUGAGGUAAAACCUUCUUCUGCAAAAUGGAGGUUCUACUGGUAUAGAGCUGUCCCCGAUCCAUCACAGAAAAACUACACACACGAUCCACUGUCCAACGUUACCAUGGGGACGGUAGAGGACGUCUACAUCGUCUAUGGACAGAGACACACAACAGGGUUUUCAUGUAGAGCGGAAAACCAAACGAAGAGUAUUUCACUGCUUACAGUGAGCCGAGGUUUGUCUGGUCUGCAGGUCAGUGUGAUUCCACUUUAUGAAUUGGUUUAUCGCUCGCUUUAUCCUCACCCAGCAGCGUCUCUCACAGUGAGUCCUGACAGAGACAAGCUUUACAUCGUUGACGACAUCAAGCUGAAAUGUACAGGAAGCUCUGCUGACUGGAGAGUGAGACGAGUUCGACAAUCAUACGACCAGUCAGACGUAUCGGACUGCUCCGGCUGGGGAACGAUGGCCGGAUCCUUGUGUACGUUCAGCAAUCUCCAGUACAAUGUAGCUUUGUACUGGUGCGAGUCUGGAUCAGGAGAGUUCAGCAACGCGGUCAACAUCACCAUGCACCUUGUGCAAACGCCCCGACUGACCGUGUCUCCGUCGUGGCUGAGUCCCGGCGCCGCGGUGACUCUGCGCUGCGAGGGGGAGCCUCAGGCUGCAGAGAGGAGGUUCUUCUGGUAUAAAGCUGUUCCUGAUCUGUCGCAGAUUAAAUUCAGAUACGAUUUGCUGCCUGACAGCGUCGACGGGACAGUAGAGAACUCCUUCGUCGUUCACAAACAGAAACACACAGCAGGAUACGCGUGUAUAGCCGGAUGGGAAAACGUAGAGUAUUCCACUAAUUACAGUGAACCACAGUUUGUCUGGUCAGCUGACGCUCACCCAGCAGCGUCUCUCACAGUCAGUCCAGUAAGAGAAAAAAUUUUCACUUUCGACGAAGUCCAUCUGCAAUGCACAGGAAGCGCCGCUAACUGGAGAGUGAAGAGGACGGCGGAAUCGUCCGCCUCGGACUGCUCCGUCUGGGGGGUAAUGACCGGAUCCCUGUGCACCUUCAGGAGCCGCUGGUUCCACAAAGCGGUGUACUGGUGUGAGUCUGGAUCCGGAGAGUUCAGCAACGCAGUGAACAUCACCAUACACCAUGGAGAUCUGCUCCUGGUGAGCCCCGUCCAUCCUGUGACUGAAGGAGCUCCUGUCACCCUGAGCUGCGUGACGAGAGAACAAGACAAACUCUCCGACGUGAUUUUCUAUCACAACGACAAGCUGAGACAAAACGACGACCGUGGGGAGCUGACGAUCUCCACAGUGUCUCGGUUAGAUGACGGUUUCUACAAGUGUGAACAUUUAGGAAAUGUCUCUCCACAGAGCUGGGUGGCUAUUCAAGCCGUUUUGAAACAGAGCAGCUCUUCAUUUUCUGUAAUGUCGGCCGUCGGGCCGAUUUGUGGAAUCAUCCUCGUUGUUCUCCUGCUGCUUCUGAUUCGCUUCAUAAGGCUCAAAGGCACUUCCUACUUCUAUGACUUAGUGAGACCCACUAAAGAACCUCCAAACGAUCCAAAGAAAGGUCAAAGCAUGUCCUACUCUCUCCUUAACUUUAAAAACACUGGAAACUUGAGGCCCUAUCUGGAACCAGAUGACAUCCCCGUCAAUACUGACCUGAGAGUAGGAGCUGCAGGAAGGUGCAGUCCAGCAGCAGACACAGCCGUUUACUCUGAAGUGAAACCGACCUACGGAUAUUGAUGACGCUGUUUGGACUGAAUGUUAGAGCGGUCUGUUCCAAAAGACAGCUUUAGAUAUACAUGAGUGAGUUACGAUCCAGAUAUCAAAAUAUUUAAUUCAAGAUUGGUUCGAGAAAGCAAUUGCCAUAUUCCAAUGUGGAAACAAAUGCCUUUCAGCCAUGGAGAAGAUAACCAAGACAAAAAUACAGGGUCAGGUAAAACGUAUCUUAUUUCAAGAUGAAAUCAGAAAUAGGUGCAUUUAUCCUAUAAAAUGCAUCAAAUUCUAAAACACUAAACCUGACAUCAUUGAGGUUGAGGUUUACAUUCUGGCUGUAUAGUUUUAAGUGAACACAAGGCAACAAAAACAAGUGUAUGUCACAACCAGGGGCCAGUGGGGGCUUCUGAUAUGGGUGACAUGGGCAACCGCCCAGGGUGGCAUCUUCUAAGAGGCAGCAUGGGCCCCUGCGGUGCCCCCCGCUUUCACAAUCGAGGGAUCUGAAUAAAGCACCAUCACCCCCAACUUGAUAGACUGGUGAUAUCGCUCGUUUGUUUACGUGACUGCAUAGUGAAAGGGUGAGGGGUUACUGUGGUCACACGACAUUUUUCUGACUAAAUCAGAAACAUGAUAAAAGAGGAAGUCCCAGAUGGUUGUGAAUUUAGGCCUGUAUGACAUAAAAAGAGCAGUAACAGUGGGACUUUAGCAAUGACUUUGAAGAACGUCGUCAUUCUGAUGCUUGGAGUCAUGACAUGUGGAAGAAAUAUUUACUGACUGGAGCGACAAGCAGCUGCAGCUCAAGUAAUGAUGACGGGUUUGUUACACAAGCGUUUGGUUUUCAUAACCACCAGCUGAUGUGUCACAAGUUCGUGGAUUUCUGAACUUCCUGCUGAGUAGUGUCGAGCGGCGGCCUCAGUCCGUGUUGCCAUGUUUGCUUUUUAAUCAUGGACGACUGAGCCGUCGCCGUGUCGACCUUCUGCUUAAUUAAAAGGACAAAGAUUGAUACGAUGAAUGUUUCUUAAUGCAGAUUUUAAAACCAAUCUAUUAUUUUUUUCUUGUUGAGCUAUGUUGUGUCAUUAGAUGUUAAAUGGAAGACAGUCUGGUUGUCAGAGGUAUUGAGAUGAUUAUUGAAGGCCAAAAGGUUAACGGUUUAGUUAUAUCUAUAUGUCUAAUAAUUCUUUGAUGUUUCUUGGAUCUGACUUGCUAAUCAAAUUAUGUUAUGUGAAAAUAU